CUAGGACUAAUCGUACUGAGAAGUUUUCCAGCGAGAAUAUAAUACGCCAUCCAAACCGAUGGCUCGUCUAUCAGGUCUUCAGAGGGAGGUCCUGUCUCUCUAUAGAAGGUGUCUGAGAGAAAUCAGGAAAAAGCCUUCAGAAACACGGAGCAAUUUCAAAGCGUACACAAGAGCAGAAUUUCGAAAGAACAUGUCCGUCAGCAAGAAGGAUUUUAGUGCGAUAGAAUAUCUACUGCGCAAAGGGAACAGGCAACUUGAGAUGUAUUCAUCCCCUGGUAUCCGAAACAUCCGGUAAUCGCGGCGCGCGUU